GCCCAGGUGGGGAGCGCUAGCCAGCUCAGUGCAGCGGUCACACCCCUGCCGUUGGCAGUGAACCGGUUUGACUGGUGCCGGGCGCCGUACUCUGUCGCUGGGUGAUGACGGCCGGCCGGCUGGGCGGGCAGGUCAGUGAGAGGAUGACGGCGGAGCCGGGUGGCUCGGUGUCGGUGGUGGGGGACCCACAACACGCCAACAAGCUGCUGAAGAGCCUCAGCUCCUUCCGGGAGGAGCCGCUGUUCUGUGACGCCGUGCUGGUGGUGGAGGGGGAGCAGAUCCCGGUGCAGAAGAACCUGCUGGCGGCCGCCAGCCCGUACGUCAGGACCAAAUUGAAUUAUACAUCUCCGAAUGAUGAUGGUUCAGUGUAUAAAAUUGUCUUGGAUGGGAUUUCCGUUGCUGUCAUGCGGGAAUUAUUGGAUUAUAUGUUUAGUGGACAGAUUAAGCUAAGUGAAGACACAAUUCAGGAUAUUGUGCAAGCUGCUGACCUCCUUCUCCUCACUGAUUUAAAAGCACUGUGUUGUGAAUUUUUGGAAGGCUGUAUUGCUCAUGAAAACUGUAUUGGCAUACGUGACUUUGCCUUGCACUAUUCUUUACAACAUGUGUACUACAUAGCGACAGAGUACCUGGAAACGCAUUUCCGUGAUGUCUCCCACACUGAGGAGUUCCUGGAACUUAGCCAUGAAAAACUGAAGGAAGUAAUCUCUUUGGAAAAGUUAAAUGUGGGGAAUGAAAGGUACAUCUUUGAUGCUGUGGUGAAAUGGAUUUGCCAGGAUCCUGUGGUUCGAAAGGUUCACAUGAAAGACGUGAUGUCUGUGGUGUGGGUAAAUGGCCUGGAUCCUGGUUAUCUGAGGGAACAAAUGUUGAAUGAACCUGUGGUGCGAGAAAUUGUCAAAGAGUGUACAAACAUUCCACUCAGCCAGAGAGAAGGAGAGGCUCAGCUGGCUACCUUCAAGCCUCGAGGGUAUUCAGAAUGCAUAGUAACAGUGGGUGGAGAGGAAAGAAGUACACGAAAGCCUACAGCUGUGAUGCGGUGCAUGUGCCCUUUAUAUGACCGUAACAGACAACUUUGGAUAGAAUUGGCUCCAAUGAGUAUUCCACGCAUUAACCAUGGAGUUUUGUCAGCAGAAGGGUUCCUUUUUGUACUGGGUGGCCAGGAUUCAGAUAAAGUGACUUUAAGUUCAGGAGAGAAAUAUGAUUCUGAUACUAACUGCUGGAGUCCCAUUCCCCCAAUGAAUGAGGCGAGACACAACUUUGGAAUUGUGGCAAUAGAUGGCGUUCUUUAUGUUCUGGGAGGUGAAGAUGGUGAAAAGGAGCUGUUAUCUAUGGAGGCCUAUGACAUUCACACUAAAACUUGGACAAAGCAACCUAAUAUGACUAUGGUGCGAAAGAUUGGCUGCUAUGCAGCUAUGAAGAAAAAGAUUUAUGCGAUGGGUGGUGGCUCAUAUGGAAAAUUGUUUGAGUCUGUUGAGUCCUACGAUCCUAAGACCCAGCAAUGGACGGCUAUUUGCCCAUUGAAAGAAAAGAGGUUUGGUGCAGUAGCAUGUGGUGUUGGCUUGGAGCUGUACGUUUUUGGUGGAGUUCGUAGUCGUGAAGGUGUCAGUGCAGAAAACAAUGAGAUGGUGACCUGCAAAUCAGAAUUUUAUCAUGAUCAUUUCAAAAGAUGGAUAUAUUUGAAUGACCAGUCACUUUGCAUCCCAACAAGCUCUUCUUUCGUAUAUGGUGCUGUACCCAUUGGUGCCAGCAUUUAUGUUAUUGGAGAUCUGGACACAGGCACACAGUAUGACUUUGUCAGAGAAUUUCGCAGAAGUACAGGAACCUGGCAUCACACCAAGCCAUUACUCCCUUCGGAUCUCCGCCGAACAGGUUGCGCAGCACUACGUAUUGCAAAUUGCAAGCUCUUCAAACUACAGUUACAGCAAGGUCUUUUCCGCAUACGCAUUCCCUCUGUAGGACCAAGUGGACCAUAAUACAAAUAGCCAGAGGGAACUCCAUUUAAGAACAAAACAUAAUAUAUCACAUAAUAGGGGAUAAUCUUGCUAAAUCCUUGUUACAAUUUGGUAACGAUUAAUACUGUAUCCUGCAAGGGCAAAGCAUUGGUGCACAUUUUCAUGUGAUCCAGGGUAGUUGUGCUUGUUUUACUUUAUUCUUUGAAGGCUCUGUCAUGGUAUUCCUAACUCAGUAGAAAUAAAACUAAUAAGACAUUAAUGAAUGGUAAAACCAGAACUUUAGCUUUCUGAAGUAAAACUUAAUCUUCAACAUUAUAAUAUAACAUCUGAAAUGGGUAUAUACCAGGUACAAAUAUGAAAAGGAGAUAACAGCUUGAAAAAUGUAAAGAUGAUGUAGAAUUCUGGAGGUAGACACUUUCUCUCAGUGAGAAUGAAUUCUGUUCUUGUGUAAAUGUGCUAAUUCAAACACUAUAAGUCAGUUUUGAAUUUUCACCAUGUUAAAGAAUAGUUCUAAAAGCUGUUUUAAUUAUUAACCUAUCUUUUAUAGCUCAGGAUUAUAAAAGCAAAAAGAAAAUUAAAGUUCAAUACCAGCAUCCAUCUCAUAUGGGCUAUAAGACCCCAACAUCCAAGGUAUGGUGAAGAAACUGAUGAGUAAUAGAAUAGCCUACAGAAACUUUACUUCUGAGGAGGAUAGGAAUUAAAUUUAAGUACUUUAGAAUAGCUCUAUCAUGGAGUGGGAUACAGUUGCUAUAAUUACACCAAUGACUUAAUCUUGCAAUUUAGUUCAAUAGAUAUUAAAAUGAAUAAUGGGUCAAUAAUAGACAAUUACAACAGUCUUCUAAAGCUUGAGACUGCUUCCUGAAGUUGAAAUAGUUUACAUUUGUUAUAUGAACAAGACUUUCUUCUUUCAAUUUCCUGUUAAACAAAUAACGUUAAAUACUAUGUGAUUAUGCUUUCUAUUUCCAUAUAUUACUUGAGAUGAAACUAAGGUAUGAAAGGUAGUGCUGAAGGGUGGAAGUGCAAAGUACUAUCACAGUCCCUUCUCUGUCAGCUCAUUAUUGUGCAUUAUACAUUUAAACCUCCAUUUAGCUUUUAUAAUCUUAGUUACCUGUUUUAAUUCAUGUUUUAGAUAAUGUAUGCAAUGAACCAUGGAAUACUUCUGUCCUCCAGAAAUAUGAGGAAGUUCAUGGUAACCUAUCUGAAAUAAAAUCAUAAAAUGCUGGAAACAUUCAGCAGGUCAGGCAGCAUCUAUGGAGAGUGCAAGAGAGUUGAUGUUUCAGGUCUUGGACAAUUUGUCAGAACUGGGAUAGAGUGAAAAUUUAGUUCUAGAUGCAGAGAAGGUGUGGGAGGGAUGGGUAGAACAAAGAAAAUAUGUGUGAUAAAGUGAGACCAAAUGAGUAAAUGUGACAGUCAAAGGUAGAUUAUGAGUCUUUGUCAGUAUUAGGUGUUGCUAAUAGCAGGGCUCAGCAAGCCAGGCUAGACCUAAUGGAGAGCAAAACUUAGCCUAAAUCAUGGAUUGAUGCCAGACAAAGAAAGAGCUACCUAAUGUCGGAGAAUUCAAUAUCAAGUCCAGAAGGCUGCAAUAUGCCAGACGGAAGAUGAGUAAUUGUUCCUCAAGCUUGCAUUAGGCCUCGUAACGGUGCAGGAGGCCACUGACAGUUCAAAGUGGAAGUGGGACGGAGAAUAAGGUGGCAGGCAACAGGAAGUUUAGGUCACUCCUGUGGACUGCACGCUGGUGCUUGACAAAGCAAUCAUCCAAUAUAUGUUUGGUUUCUCCGAUGUAGAGGAAACCACUUGGUGGCAUGGUAGUGUAGCGGUUAGCGUAACGCUAUUACAGUGCCAGCAACCUGGGUUCAACUCCGCCGCUGUCUGUAAGGAGUUUGUAUGUUCUCCCCAUGUUUGCGUGGGUUUCCUCCAGGUGCUUUAGUUUCCUCCCACAUUCCAAAGACCUACAGGUUAGGAGCUGUAGGCAUGCUAUAUUGGCGCCAGAAGAGUGGCAUUGUAUGUUUUGAUGUACAUGUGACUAAUAAAUAAAUAUCUUUAAAAUAUCAAAUACAGUCCACUGGAUUGGAAGAAGUUGGGAAGGAAAGAAGUAAAAGGAUAGUUUCAUCUCCUGUUGCAUGGGAAAAUACGAUAGGGAUGAAAGAGUGGACCAGGGAAUCGUGAAAGUGUGAUCCCUUCGAAAUGCUGAAAGGAGAGGGGAAUGUGUCUCUAGUGGUGGAAUCUUGUUGGAGCUGGCAGAGAUUGCGAAGAAUGAGUCAUUGAAUGUGGAGAUUAGAGACUGAUGGAUGGAAGGCAAGGACCAGGGGACACGAGACCAGGGGAAUUCUAUUCUUGCUCUGCCCAGAAGGAGAGGGGAUGGGAGGAGAGGCGUGAGAAAUAGAUGCAGUCAAGGACUCUGUCCACUAUGGUAGAUAAGAAGCCUGGUUUGGGAAGAAGGAAGACACUUCAGGGAUACCUAUGCAGAAAGUCUCAUCAUCAGAGCAAAGGUAAAGGAGACGAGAACUGGCAGAGUGGAGCGCAGUCCUUACAGGACGCAGGUUGGGAAGAAGAAUCUAUAAGCGUGUGUGGGUUUGUAAUGGAUGGUUAUGGUUGGCCUAUACCCAGAGAUGGAGACAGAUCUGGAAGGGGAAAAUUUGGAGAUGGACCAUGCGAGGGUGAAAACAGGGUGGAAAUUGGUGGCAAAAGUGGUGGAAAUGUUGGGUUUUGAAUGAAUGCAGGAAGCAGCACCAGUGUAGUCAAUGUACCCAGCCCCCUACCCUUGACAGUUUCCAAUUUGCUGGUCCCAAGUGGUUGAUCUUCACAAUAGACAUACAAUCCCUCCACACCUUCAUCCCACAUCAAGAGGGCCUGAGGGCAUUUGGCUUUCACUUGAACAAAGGCUCAACUAUUUCUCCUUCUCUACCAGACUCAUUUGCCCAGCUGAAUUCAUUGUUGUAUUAAACAACUCUUCCAACUCUACUCACGUUCUCCAUAUCAAAGGUAUAGCUCUGACUCUCGCAUAGGCCCAAGCUGGGCUUGUCUUUAUGUGGGAUAUAUAGAACAAUCUUUAUUUCAGUCCUGCUUGGGUCAACUCUUUCUCCAGUGCAUUGAUGACUGUAAUGGUUCUUGCUGUAUUCAUCAGAACUUCAAAAUAUCAUCUCUUUUGCUGCCAAAUUCUUCCUAACUCUUGCCUUCACAUGGUCCAUCUCUGACUCUCUCCAUUCAGGGGUAGGGUAGCUACACUCAUCUAUUACAAACCCAUAGUGGUCUUGACUAUUCAUCCUCCCAUCUUGUAAGCACUCCAUUUCACCUCUUCCACUCCCAUCAUCCAGGCUUCCAAACAGUCUUUCCUGAUGAAACAUCAACUCACUUGAACUUUCAAUCUAGUGUUUUGCAUUUAGUCUUCACAGUAUGGUGUCCUCAACAUUGGAGAAAUCAAGCAUAGAAUGGGUGACUGCCUUUCAGUCUCCUGUGUUCAUUCCACAGGGAUGACCCUGAGUCCAUUUGCCUGAACCUUUAAUUCUCCAUCCCAUUCCCACUCUGAAUUUCCUGUCUCUGCUGCCUGCACUGUUAUGAAGACUAAUUCAAGUGUGAUUAAAUAACACCUCAUCUUCCAUCUGGGCACAUUGCAGCUUUCUAAAAUCAAUAUUGAAUUCUCCAACUUUAGGUAAUUCACUUUUCUUUCUGUCAGUCAGAACUAGCCACUUCUGUCUGUCAUCCAUCUCUGAUUUUUGGCUCAGUUUUUCUCUCUAUAAUAGUAUCGCCUGGCCUACCCACGUACCCCACAGCCCUGCUAUUAGCAACACUUAACACAAAGAAGCAUAAUCUGCCAUUGACUGAUAGGGCGAGCCAAAUGAGUGACAGAGAUGGUCCCUUUGUUGCACCCAUCCCUUCCCUACCUUUCCAUGCAACUGUAACUAACUUGUUUUCUCUCCUUCACAGUUCUGACAAAGGGCCUCAGACCUAAAAUGUUAACUCUUUUUCUCUUUCACAGAUGCUGCCUGAGCUGGUGUGUGUUUUCAGCAUUUUAUGCUUUUAUUAUCUCAUCUGCAAUUAUCUCUCCAAUUCUUUCUACCUUGUCACAUCCUUCUUUACUUGAAAGAACCUGAUCAACUUUAUUCCCUCACCCUGCUCUUUUCUCUCCUCUAUUUCUUCCCUCUUUAUUGUAAACUGAGACACUUUCCUGUCCAUUUUCCUUUCCAUGGCUACAUCAUGUGAUGAAAUUGCUGGAAAUGCUCAGAUGGUCAGGCAACAUCUGUAGAGAGACAAAUAGUGUUAACAUUUCAAGUUGAUGAUCUUUCAUCAGGAAUGGAAAAAGUUAGAAAUAAAAUGUAUUUCCAGCAUUUUUUGUUUCUACGUAAGAUUUCCAGCACUUACGAUAUUUUGCUUUUGGAAUGAUAUAAUUAUUACCUUGUGUGUCCUAUGCUUUAUCUGUGUAAGUCACAAAUUACUAGUGCUUUACCAGCAAUGAGGUCAAUCAAAUUCCACAUAAUAGUACUGUUAGUGAUGGUACAGAGUUAUUACAGAUGGAAUAAUAGUGACUUGAUGGUGGAAUCAAAUACUGGGGCCACUGACUUUUUUAUUUAAUGUUGUGCUUUAUCACUUCAGGUUGGAUCCAAUUGCACAAAAUUGCAUUGGAUGCUAGGAAGAAAAUGUCAUUUUGGUUUUGGACCAUAUUUUCAAGAUAUUCUUUCAUAUCUUCAAAAUGAAAGGCAAGACAUUUGAUAGUUCCAGUUGUCUUAUGCACACUGUUCACAUUAACCCCCAAGCUGAUAAAUAUACCACAAUAUUUUUAGUUGUUUCUUCUUUCCUGAACUGCACCUGUGUUCCUGGAACCUUCUAGCUCUUUGGCUAAAAUGAAAGCUAAGACAUGAUUUGUGAGCUGAGCCAAUGAGUCAGAAGGUUUAUUAAUCAUAGAAAAUAUUGUAAUUAACCUGGCCUUUCCACACCCAUUGUCUGUACUAAGUCUUUGGGUGCUGAUUGAAGUGGCCAUCCUCAAUGAAUUUAACUUCCCUUGUAUCUGUGAUUGGGGUUCAAAUCUCUAGAGCAUUUGCUUUGUCUUUUUAGAUGGUCACAUGAGAUUGGGUAACUCAUCAUAGAUCAGGGAUUGAAUUAGGCAACUUAAUUUCCUACAGUAAAGCACUACGUUCCAUCAUUGCAUCACUUUUGUGAGGGUUACCCAGUGUGUAUAUAUAAAGAGUAAUGUAGAAUAAAUAAUUUUGCUUCCAUGGCUUCUUUUACAUCAUUGGUGUUCACCAAAGUGCUUGUGGGAAUGCUGUGACCCAAGACAAUGAUUCAGCUGCUGAUUCAGAUCUUAUCAAAUGUAAUGGUCAAGUUAUAGUAAUUUCUUAUUUGGAAAUUUUAGUUUAAUUAAUGCUUCAAAUUUAAUAAAGUGCAGAGCUUUUGCAAUGGCCUGCCAUAGUACAGUUGAGACAUGUAGACAAUAUUGCAGCAAGGCUCAGCACACAUGGGUCAAUGAGGAGAUUAGCUUUUUUUUCUUCUGCCCUCUUGUCUAAAUUACAAUAUUUAUUGGAAGUAUCCCAAACUUGGUAGAUUCGGUGCAUAACUGUUAAUCCCCAUCUUUGCAGGUAUAGUAACAGUUGACUCCAAAACCAGUGAAGGAGAGUCAAAGGGCCCUAACUGUUCAGAAAUAAUUAAAUAUAGCCUCUGUAGUGUAUAAAAUGUUAAUAUGUGGUGUUGGUUAAGUAUAUAACCUACAGAAGCUGCUAGACUUUCACUGUUACAGUUUAUGAUGUCCUCCAAACUUGAACAUAUUUAAGUCUGUUACUCAAUCCACUUCAAGCUUUUGAAUAUUGAUGUAUUAUCAAGUAUACUUUAUACACUACAGAACCGAGAUCUUUCAUUAAGGAGUCCCUUUCCAAUUACCUCAUACUUUAGCAUUAGAUUUGUUUAUAAGUGAAUUACUUGUUAAAAACUAAAUAGCUGAAAUGUACAGUGCCGGGGCCUAGCUAAAGGUAGGAUCAAUUUUGGAAUUUACUUUCUGUUUGUAGACAUUUAACAGAUGGAAUAUUUCACUGAACUCUGCCAGAUUAACUAUUUUCAGUCCAGCAGUCCAAUAUGAUUUUAUAAAUUGCACAAAUUCUUGCUGACUCCUCCACUCCUGGCAUAUAUCAGCAUUGUUUCAUCUUAUUGUAAGACUAAGUGCUGUCUCGCUACAUUCUUGAUGGGAAUGGUAACACAGCGCACAACAGGAAAAAGUAGUUGACUGCUAUGUUUGCCUAUAUCAAAUUUCAGGACUGCACUUUCCACUGAAUUAUUUCAGUCAGUGGAACAAGUGUCAAUGAGAAAUGGGCACAAUCCCCUGGAUUAUCCAACAAAAUUCUUCAAGUACUUUAGCUCUCAAAGCUAUGAAUGUCUGAUCCUUUCCUGAAAUCUGCCAGUAUGUUUGAUAACUUUAGCCAAAUUGUUAUAUUCAGUGCCAAAAUAGGGGAAGUGAAUAAAAUGGAUGAAAAAAAAUACUUGUGUAGCAAGACUUAUAGAUUUAGUUGAAGAUGGCAUGUUACUGCCUUCUAGCAAUCAAUGCAUUAUGCAUAACCACAUUUGCUAUUUCAGACUGAUACAAAAUUGUUAUCUAUUUUGACAGCAUGAGGACUGAGAUAUUGGUGGGUCAUAGUGGCCCAAAUGGUCUAUUGAAGAACUAUGCUGGGGAAAUAUAAAUUUUUCUUGGUUAGCAAAAGAUUAAUACUUUUAAAGCCUUAACUCUCCAAUCUAAAAACAAACUUUCUUCAAAUUGGAUUUGUAGUAUAAUUUUAGCAGGAGAUAUCAAGAGCAAAGUAAAUGUAGAAGAAAAAACAUAUUUCAUAUGUACUAUAUUUUGAUUUAAGCCAUUCUAUGGUAAAUACACUGAUUUCUGAUAAUGAACAAGAUUUUUCAUCUGCAUUUGCUAAUGGAUUACAUGUAGAUUUCAGCUGCAUCACAUUGAAUUUCAUAUAAUACCUAUUUUAAUGUCAAUAACAAGGUAAUCAUUUGACCACUCCUUUCAGUUUGAUUGCUUAAACACAGAAUCUCUAGCAAAUGGAUAUUCUAGUGUUAUAGCUUCCUUUUGUUUUACAAACAAUUGUAACAGACAAUAAUUAAGCACAAAACCCACAGUGCAAAUACACAGCUUUGCCUCUAUUUCUUAUAUAACUGGAAUUUGGUAACCCUUAAGUUGGAUAGCUUUUGCACUGCAGUGUAAUAGAAAGCAAAUGGACAUGUAGCCUUCUCUAAUUUGAACUAUUGAAUGCUGAUAACAUAAGGUUAUAAGAACAAGUUUGUAAAUGAUUUGACUUUAUGAAAGUAUUUUUGUAUGGAAAGCAGUACUUUGAAUGUGGUUAUUUAAAAAAAAGAAAUUAAUGUUUGCUUUUGUGGACAUACCAACGAGAGUUAAGUUGUUAAAGCUCACUGAAACCCUGAGGACCAUAGAUAUUUUGGUAAGUAGUCCUCUACAGAGGCUAAACAAAUUAAAGUGACUUUUCCUAUAUCUUUGAAAACUGCUGUUUUUAUUUUAAUGUAUCUUAGAAUUAAUCUCAAAGAAUUUUCCUUUUAAAUGAAAUGAAUCAAGUCCCAAAGUAUUGAGCUGCUUUCUGAUCAGGCUGAUUGCAGAGUAAAACUUUGUAGCUUAGUUGGUGCAGAAUUUUCUCUGAAUCAGGAAUGUCAUCGUUCAACUCUGACUUCAGAGAGCUGAGUGGAAAUGGCUAGACUGACAUUCCGGCACAGUACAGCUGGAUUGCUGCACUGUCAGAAAGUCUGUCUUUUAUAUGAGAAGUUAAACCAAGACUUACCAGCCCUCACGGAUGGACUUAAAGGAUCUCAUUGCACUAAAUCAACGAGUAGGGGGGCUACCCCCAAGGUGCAGGCUACUAUAUAAUCCUUGGUGAACAUCACUGAAAAACAGAUGUUUAGGCCAUUGUCUCAUUAGUGGUUGGACAGUGCUGAGUGGUGUUAAAAGUAACACUUUAUUAGCUGUAAGGAAUUUUGGAACAUUCUGAAAGGGCCUGAAAUGCAAGUCAUCUGCACUUUGUGGCACUUUAAGCUUAGUUUGUGACUUCUAGAUCAAAGUACAGCUCAGGGUGACUUAAGAAAAAUAUAGUGCACGCCCAGGAAUCAAUGCAUUGUCACUGUCAUUAAAAACAUUAACCCUGGCAGUUUGUUUUAAUAAUUGGCAGCUAGAUUUUUAAGUUAUUCCAGGACACAAUUAGAGUUGGCAGUUUGCAUUAAAGUGAUACAACCUUCCCCUAAAUCAAAACAUUCCUCUUCUGAACAGGAGUUUGACAUACCGAAGAUUCAAUAUUAAUUUGAGUCAAACAGUAAUUGACAAAAUUUUAUUGGUAUUGGUUUAUUAUUGUCACUUGUACUGAGCUACAGUGAAAAACUUGUCUUGCAUACCGAUUGUACAGGUCAAUUCAUUACACAGUGCAAUUACAUUGGGUUAGUACAGAGUGCAUUGAUGUAGUACAGGUAAAAACAUUAACAGUACAGAGUAAGGUGUCACAGCUACAGAGAAAGUGCAGUGCAAUAAGGUGCAAGGUCACAAGGUAGAUCGUGAGGUCAUAGUCCAUCUCAUCAUAUAAGGGAACAGUUCAAUAGUCUUAUCACAGUGGGGUAGAAGCUGUCCUUAGGUCUGGUGGUACGUGCCCUCAGACUUCUGUAUCUUCUACCUGAUGGAAGAGGAGAGAAGAGAGAAUGACCUGGGUGGGUGGGGUCUUUGAUUAUGCUGGCUGCUUCACGAAGACUGAGAGGUAAAGACAGAGUCCAAGGAAGGGAGGCUGGUGUCCGUGACACGUUGGGCUGUGUCCAUAAAUCUCUGCAGUUUCUUGCGGUCCUGGGCAGAGCCCAGUAGGAUUAUUUAGUAGGAUUCAAUGUUUCUGCUAAUAUCCUGUACUUUCAGGAUUUCACAAAUGUGUAUAGUCUGAAUUGAUAUUCACCUUUACAACUUAAUUGCCUUUGCACAGCAUGGAAAACUAAAAAUUAUUAAAUUUUCAAUGUGUUUAAUUUGUAUUUUAUGUUAUAUAAUGCUGCUGCCCUCGUUUUGUUUUAGUUGCCACCUUUGAAUUUGACAUAAAGUUUGCCCAAACUGAGGCAAAUUUGGAUGAAAGAAGUAGCUAUGUCUUGUGGGGAGUUUACUCCACCCCUGCAAGCACAUUGAAACAAUUUGAAUAUCCUCACUUGCAAAAUGUUAGCAGUUAAGCCAAUAUAUAAUGCAUUGAGCAAUAUACCAAUCUGUUGACCAUGCAGCUAAGUAUCAGAAUUGAACAAAAAGGACUAACAGUAAUGGUGAAACGUUUUGGAUAUUGUUUCAUUUUGUUCUUCUGACAGCACCAUAAAUGUGCUGGAGCAAAUGAGACAUUCCCUCUGCACACACUUGUUAUUCAAGCCUGUAAAUUUACCUAGGUAAUUGCAGAACAUUAAAAACCAAGAAGAAUGAUUAUUAAUCCAUGAUCUGCCAUAAGUUUGCUGAACUUGGAGCAGCAGGAGAGCCAAGGCAUUUGUCAUCCAUAUUCUUGGGUAAGCAAGAGAAAUCAGUCAGGUUUUUCCCCUUCUGUUCCCUGCUAACAGUACACGUGUAUGAUCAGAUGAAGGCAGGAUUAAGUUCAGUAGCAUUAUCCAUUGAAAGAACAGCUUGACUCAGGAGUGUGUACCAGAAUUUUAAAUCUUUUUUGCAUGGCACUUUAAAAAGCACACCAUAUAUAAACACAUAUGCAUCAAUAUCACAGAAGUGCUCAAUGAUUAUAGGGUGGAGUGGGAUGGGGGAACAGCCAUGACUCCAUUGCCACCCAUUCCCUGAAUACAUCCCUAGUUUGCCAGUCAGUACUCAGGAGUUAUCUCAAUAAGUGUGCUCAACACCAGCCAAAAGCCAUGGGAUACCCUGGAAGAGCCAACCAUGCAAUCUUCCACUUCUAUAAAUACAUGUUACAUGCCAUCAUCAUUGGAUUAACCAUCUGAACUUUCCAUUUAUGUUGCUUUAAAACUCUCAGAGUUACAGAGUUCCACAUUUUUUAUGGGGGGGGGGGGGGGAAUAAUUAAUUUGCUGUGGAACAAAAAUAUAUUUUAAUGGACUUCCUUGCAAUGCAAUUAUUUGCUGCCUGAGUGUACCUGUUUUAAUGACAUGGCUGAUCUUUGAUUUAUACAACUUUACCCAAGUUGUUUUUCUUCUUUACAUUUUUAUCCCAUAUCUAGCUGCCAGUCUUCACAAUCUCAAAUGAAGCAACUUAAGUCUUUGUGAAUGUGUUCUUGAGCCACCUGUUAAAAGUGUCACAGAAUAAUGCUGAAAGAUUGUAAAAUGUGCCGCAUCUGAGAUUAGGACCAUAUAUCAGGAAAAGCCCCUCACUCUAUUAAUUCUGCAACCUUAAUUAAUGGUACCUUUGGCAAUGGUGUUUACUUUAUGAUCAUUCUUCAGAUACAACCUAUGCGAGCUUAACAUGCAAAUUAUCUUUGUUGUAUCAAAUACUGCAGUAUUAGUGUUUAUAUGAGGCCCGUUGUUUACGAACACGAUAGUGGAUUCAGCUUAGUUGUAUUACACUUGAAGUGUAUGUAUGUAUGUGCUGCACCACCUGUUUGCCAGAAUCAACAGUUUAAUGCACAUAGAGGGGAGUGUCUCUCCCAUUAUACCCAAGUAAUUUUCUUCUCAUCUUUUGACAUGCUAGUUAAUGCAUUUUUAUUUACAAUUUAGUAUGAGGAUUGUCUUGCUGCAUUAUUUCAAACAAAACAUUCUAUAUGACACCAUAAAAUGCACUAAUGUUAAAUUCAAUAUAUAUAAGCUUAAAAUGUAUAACAAAAGUAUGUACUCAAAAAAAAAAGUCUAAUAUUGUAAAUUAUAGUUUUAUGCAGAGUGCAAAUAUUUUGGUAACGCUGUAAGUAUAGAAGUUUACCAAAUCUAUUAAAUGUUGAUAAAAUUUUACAAUGAAUUUGUAAAAGCAGAAUGGAAUCCCCAUUUUAAGUAUUGUCCGAGAUAGAAAUUAAGACUGUUAACAAUUCUGAUUAUCAUAAAUUAUUAUACCUCAUUUAAAGUGGGUAGACGUGGUGGAAAUGAAAAGUGAAAGUACAUGUCGCUUCAUGGUGACUUUGAAAAACAGGCCAUGAAUGCAUAUUACAAGUGUCAGUACACUGUUAGUUUUGCUUGGUAUGCUCAUUAAGUUUCUUUUCUGUUAUUGUGUGUGUUGUAAUUCCAAUGUUCCAAAUCACUCAACCUAUUGUUACCUCUGUGUUAAAUAAACAGCUCAGUACCUAUAAUAACUCAGCCAAGUUACAGUAGCAUAAUAAUGUUUUCAAAAUGUUAGAGUUGGAAUUUGGGCUGGAACAAUGGGCAAAUAAACUCCAAUCUGUUUAAGUAAGUA